UUGCCAUGCAACACAUCGCCCCGCACACCGACGAUAUCGACCAUUGUGUAGUCUAAUCUAUCGAAUUAAGACUUCGCUCCCCGUUUGGCUCGGAUCGGUGCAGAUCCUCCUCGUGGUUCCCUGGUGAUAACGCACUGCCCUUCGCAUACUACCACCAAACCCCUCGUCCUGUUGCACCGGGGUCGGUCUUCAUAUCGCAGCGUUCGUGCUUACUAUCUCGGCCCUACCUACACACAUCGUUCGUCCACGUUGCAACGGGUUGUGUUUAAAUAGGAACGUCGUUGCACGACAUGUUCAUCAGUUUGGUACUGUCCACCGCUCAGUUUCAGUCAGUCGUCGCUUACCGCUGCCAAUAAAACCCCACCAUCUUCAAAAUGGCCCUGAAGUCCGAUGCUGUUUUCGAGCGUAUUGCCAAGCGCCUGGAGACCAUUGAUCCGAACAACCGCCAGGUGCAGCAGAUCUACAAGUUCCGCAUCCAGCAGAACGGCAAGGUGGUCAAGACCUGGGUGCUGGACCUGAAGGCCGUGAAGCUGACUGAGUCGGACGGUGCGGCGGAGGCCACCCUUACCAUGGAGGAUGACAUCAUGUUCGCCCUCGGCACCGGUGCCAUGCCGGCGAAGGAGGCCCUCGCCCAGGACAAGCUCGAUGUGGAGGGACAGGUUGAGCUGAUCUUCCUGCUGGAGCCGUUCAUUGCUUCGCUCAAGAAGUAAAGCGCCGCUACUAGCUCCUGCACACACAUACACACCCCGCCCCGCCAUGUAUCAACUCCAUGCCAAAGGACUUGGUUAAUUUAUUGCAACAUCCACACACACACGCACUACCCCUGAUAAUAUCUGACGCAUCUUUUUCGGACGAGAUGCGUGUUAUCGGGUACAUUUGUUUCUGUUUCGCACCUGCCCGCGUACACCAUCCAUCGCGCCGGGCCUAGUUAUUGUAAGUUCCUAUUCUACAUCACUGCUGCAACAUUUGCAGACAUAUGUUGUUUGUACAAACACACCACCCAACAUGUACUACAGGAUCAUUAAAUGAUGCUUGAAAACAGAA